CUCGCCUCUAUAAAUCAAAAUGUUCACUCAUUUCUUGACUCUGUUGUUCUCUAUUGAUUUUGUUUUGUGUGUUCAGUAGUUUUGGCUUCUCUCUUUCUCUCCUCACCCUAGAUCGUAUUUUUAAAGAUUUUUACAAGCCAAUCAUCAUGACUGCCCAACUUGUUGCUGAACAAAACCUGGGAUUGAAUAUUCCAUCAGCCCUAGCAAGAGAGCCCCCGGCUCAUCUUCAACCUUCCUCCAACUCCACCAAGAGGCUGGAAGGCAAGGUGGCGAUCGUGACCGGCGGAGCCCGGGGCAUCGGAGAAGCCACCGUGCGGCUGUUUGCGAGACAGGGCGCCAAGGUGGUCAUCGGGGACGUCGACGACGUCCUCGGUGCCUCCCUGGCAGCGUCAUUGUCUCCGUCAGUGUCUUACGUCCACUGCGACGUCAGCUCGGAAGGAGACGUCGAGAACUUGAUCAGCUCCACCGUUUCGUUGUACGGAAGGCUGGACGUGAUGUUCAACAACGCGGGGGUCCUGGGAAGCCAAACGGAGCGAACGAAGAGCAUUGUGGACUUGGACGCCGACGAGUUGGACCGCAUCAUGCGGGUCAACGUCCGGGGAGUGGCGCUGGGGAUGAAGCACGCGGCGCGGGUGAUGAUCCCCCGGCAAACCGGCUGCAUCAUAUCAACCGCCAGCGUGGCGGGCGUGAUGGGUGGCAUGGGCCCACACUCGUACACGGCCUCCAAACACGCCAUCGUCGGGCUCACCCGGAACGCCGCCUGCGAGCUCGGCAGACACGGGAUCCGGGUCAACUGCAUCUCUCCGUUUGGGGUGGCCACCCGGAUGCUGGUCAACGCCUGGAGAGGGGAAUCGCACGACGACGAAGGCGCGGAUUCAGGGAUUGGGCUUCCUGGGCUUGAGGACGUGGAGAAAUUGGAGGAGAUGGUGAGGGGUAUGGCGAACUUGCAAGGGCCCACGCUGCGGGCUUCGGAUAUCGCGGAGGCGGCACUUUAUUUGGCCAGUGAUGAGUCCAGAUAUAUCAGUGGUCACAAUCUGGUGGUGGACGGCGGUGUUACGGCCUCCAGGAAUCUGAUACACUUGUAGUUUGUGUGACUUUGUAGUUAUUAGUUCUUUGAGAAUUGGGAGAAAUCAAAAUUGCGUGCUCCCGUAAAUUCGAAAAUCUGACUUACGUGUGAAAUUCUUUAGUUAAUAUGAUCACCAUCCAAUUUCAAAAUCACAAGCGUUUUUUUAGCCUUCAGCCAAAUCACGGCAUCUGGCUAAGUUUUGAGUAAUUUGGGUGAAUCGAUAUUAAUUUCGGACAGUUUCAGAAAGUCAGCUAAACAUUUGACGAAGAAACAGAAUUUUUACAAGCACAAGCAGUAAUUAAUUAAUUCAUGAAUAGUC